AUGAUUGCUGUUGACAUGGAACCUUUGCGAAAGGGGGAAUAUGAAGGAUUUCGGGAUUUUGUAAAUGCUCUCGAUAGUAGAUAUGAAAUUCCUGAUACAAAAACUUUGCAGAAGAUAUUACUGCCAGAAUAUUAUGAAAACGUGAAACAGAAGCUCGUCAUAGCAUUAUCGAAAGCAGAACAUGUUAGUGUUACUACUGAUUUAUGGACAUCAAUUGCAAAUGAAGGCAUCCUUUCAGUUAUUUGA